CCCAGGGAAAGGGGGCGAGGCCAAUUCUGGAGAGGAGCUGGGUGACUCUCAGCUCCAGGCAGCCGGGCCCCAGCCAGUACCCCCGGCCCGGCCAGGCCAGCAGCAGAGAACCGGUCGCGGCAGCUGAGGCAUCUUCUGGGCUGGUGGCCCCAAGAUUUGAUCUGCAGUAGGGCACAGCCCCAGAGUUCACAGGCACCGGCCCUUCCCCACUGCGGGUAUUCCCCUCCCCUCCCCUUCUCUUCCCUCCGGCGCUGAUUCCCAGCCCGGCCCCUCUCUCCCCCGCCCCCUUCUCCGCCCCGCUCCCAGCUCGGCUCCCCGGCUGCUGGAGCCGCUCCCCGCGGCCAUGAGCCCCACCGCGCUGCUGCGCUGCGCCCUGCUCCUGCUGCUGGGGGGCUCCGCCGGGAAGGCGGCGGCGGGGGGGAGCCCAGCCGGGCAGCAGCAGGAGCUGCCCACCGUGGUGAUCGCCAUCCUAGCCCGCAACUCGGAGCACUCGCUGGCCCACUACCUGGGGGCCCUGGAGCGCCUGGACUACCCCAAGGAGCGCAUCUCUGUCUGGUGUGCAACAGAUCACAAUAGCGACAACACGACUGAGAUCCUGUGGGAAUGGCUGACGGCCAUGGAGAAACACUAUCACUACAUUGAAUGGAAGUCAGUGGAGGAGCCCCGCUCUUACCCCGAGGAGCUUGGCCCCAAGCACUGGACAGACGAACGCUACGAACAUGUCAUGAGGCUCAAGCAGGAAGCUCUGAGCUUCGCUCGGGCCAAGGGGGCAGAUUAUCUCCUGCUCACCGACACAGACAGCAUCCUGACCAACAAUCAGACCCUGACCUUCCUGAUCGCGCAGAACAAAUCUGUGAUCGCCCCCAUGCUGGAUUCACAGACAUACUACUCCAACUUCUGGUGUGGGAUAACCCCUCAGGGUUACUACCGCAGGACGGCAGACUAUUUCCCCACCAAGAACCGCCAGCGUGUGGGCUGCUUCGCCGUCCCCAUGGUAUACGCCACCUUCUUGCUCGACCUGCGGAAAGAGGGGACCUCCGAGCUCGCCUUCCAUCCGCCCCACCCCAACUACACCUGGCCCUUCGACGACAUCAUCGUCUUCGCCUUCUCCUGCCAAGCAGCGGGAGUCCAGAUCUACGUGUGUAACCAGGAGCGGUUUGGCUACAUCAAUGUCCCAGUGAAGCCUCAUCAGACGCUGGAGGACGAACGCAUCAACUUUGUGCACCUCAUCCUGGAAGCCAUGGUGGAUGGCCCCCCGAUGUACCCCUCCGAGCAUGUUUCCCUUCGCCCCAAGCACCUUGGGAAAAUGGGCUUUGAUGAGAUUUUCCUGAUUAACCUAGUGCGGCGGCCAGACAGGCGCCAGCGGAUGCUGAGUUCACUCCAUGAGCUGGAGCUAGAGCCGCUGGUGGUGGAUGCUGUGGAUGGGAGCGCCCUGAACAGCAGCGACAUUAAGAACCUGGGUGUGGAUCUGCUCCCAGGAUACUAUGACCCCUUCUCCGGCAGGACGCUCACCAAGGGGGAGGUUGGUUGCUUCCUCAGCCAUUAUUACAUCUGGAAAGAGAUCGUGGCGCGGGGGCUGGAGAAGUCGGUGGUGUUUGAGGAUGAUGUGCGCUUCGAGGUCUAUUUCAAGGUGCGGCUGACGCGACUGAUGGAGGAGUUGGAGUGGGCACAGCUGGACUGGGACCUGAUCUACCUGGGCAGGAAGCAGGUGAACUCGGAGGACGAGGAGCCGGUGGAGGACGUGCGGAAGCUGGUGGUGGCUGAAUAUUCCUACUGGACCCUGGCUUACAUCAUCUCCCAGCGGGGGGCACAGAAGCUGAUCAGGGCUGAGCCCCUGUCCAAAAUGCUGCCGGUGGAUGAGUUCCUGCCCAUCAUGUAUGACAAGCACCCAAAGAGUGCUUCCCAUUCAACAGCUACAAAGGAGGGUCUCAGUGAGCCGCUUUGUCCAGCUGCACAUCCACUGGUUCCUGUCGGAGAGAUGCAGCUGUGUUUGCUUGACCCAAGGGGGUGUUUAAUCUGGGCCUACAGUCUUGCUCACUGUAACAGACCGUAUGCGUGGAUUGCACCAAGGAGGACUAUGCUUGACUUUCUGGAUGUCUCUGCCAGAUGGUGGAGCUUUUGGUUUAGCCCUUUGAAACCGACUUCUCCUUCCCCAUCUCUAAUGGUGCCUCUGUCUGAAAGGACAAAACCAUUUGGAAAUGCACAACACAGAGGUAACCCUCCAGGUAUCGACUUGUCUGGUGUUUUCAGACUGAGCUCGUUCCUGUAGGAAUGCAAGAGCCCACUCUGCUGAGAUCUGUCUGGCUGUGGAGCCAGAGGGUGUGUUAGGUCCAAUGGCUUAUGCCGUGUAUUGAUUCUUUUGUAAUACUUGUUUGGACAUUUUAUUUUUUGAUCAACUCAUCCUUCUGCUCCAGCAGACUCAAACGUCUUUCUCUCUUCCACCCCAGCCUGGAGUUGCUUACCACACCCCGUGCCUGGCUGAAAAGGGGAUGGCACCGGGACAUGAGGUAGUGGGUGCCUAAGAAAUGCUCAGACAGACUUUCAAUGCUGUAGGCUGGGGGAGAAUCCAGUGCACUGCAGAAGUAAAGCAAGAAUCCACCCAGCUAAUUGCAGCUUAGGGUUCUCUCUGCAUUAUGCCUGCUGGGUUUUCUCUCACGUGUAUAUUUGACUCAAAUAAGCCUGCCAUCAAGAGGAUUAAACUGGAUUUUAUUUAAGUCAA